AUGGUCCUUGUAUCCCAAUACCCGAUAACCAGCCUCUCCAUCUGGGACUUGUCGAUCUUUCCCUCCUGGGCGACUCUCUUCAAUUUCAUCUGGUCAUUCCCAGAGCUCUCGAAGCUCCGGCUUGGCAGCCACCUGGAUGGUCUGCCAGGUAAAAAGGACGUCGCCGACGAGCUGACACUUGCGAAGGGAGCUAGACUCAGCGCGAUCGCUAGUCGAGGGCGCUGCAGUCGGCUGAGAACUCUCGAGUUGUAUGACAUCUGGUACCUAUGCUCUAACUUCCCGCCCAAAGGCGUAUUCGGAGACGCUUUAGAGACGCUAAUGGUCAAGGUCGGCGAGCGAGCUUGUAGAGCAGCCCAGUCUGCGAUACAGCCAGGAUUUCCCCUGCUGAAAGACUUUGCCGCUCUACGCUCGCUAACGACGUUAGAGAUACACCUUACCAGAUAUGCGCUUGCACCUGCGCAUGAGACCUGGCGCCACCGGCGCAUGGCCACGGAACUCCAACUCCUCGUCCAGAACAUGUAUGCCAAUAAAUGUGCCCUUAAAAAGCUCCGCUUUCGCUUCGCUGCACCUGAGUCGAUCAACGAUUUGACGCUGCCCUUCAACGCCAAACUUCUCCUGGACACAUAUUUCCGGCACCUGUUCUUCGGGGUUAUCCGAAGCAUUCCAGCGUGGCGCUUUUUGCGCCAAAUCGAGGUUGUGCUGCCCUCGAACGAUCUCCCCGCCCCUUGUCUUGAGGCGGAUUGGUGGACGGACUACCUCCGCGCCGACGACCGGCUGCCAUUUGACGGAGAUAUCGGGAUCUCGCUCUCGUUUUAUCGGGCCUACUCAUAUCUGGACCCGGACAAGACGCUGCCUCCCGCAUGGUACUGCAUCCGCCACCGCGCGGCAGUCGUGCCGACCAUCUGCACCGAAGAAUGCUUCAAGAAAGGGCCACUCCCGUACGAUAUCGCAGAAGGGUUUGAAGAGCUGGGCGUAUAG